UCAAAACCAACUGGAAUUGCAAGAAAGCUAGAAAUCACGCGAGAGCACUUACCAACUUAUAUCUUUCAUUUAUCUCGCCCUAUCUUUUAUCACUACAUAUUUUCAUCUCUCCCGUAUCUUAAUCGCAUCGAAUCAACAUGUAUAUCAUCUCCGAGCAUGAUACACCGGUUUCGAUGCUGAACCAAUUGAUGGAAAAUGUUCCUCGUAGUUCUAAUAUUUUUCGGGCCUCGCGAGAACUACUUCAAACAACUAGAUACCCUCCUGUAGCUCCUUCGACUUAUCACAUUCUCAUAGCUUUUGCUGUGGUCCAUUCUUGCAUCAUGUGGGUUUGUGGUGUAGUUAUCGUGGUACCAAUCGCGUUCAGUCGGGUCAAACGAGGAAAGUACUUGUGGAUCUUUAGGAAGGCUUAUGCUGGUAAAGGUCAAACACCAUUUCAUGUUCCAAACAGUGUCCUUGCAGUUGCAUUCACUCAACUAAUUAGUAGCUUGCUAUGCUUGGUGUAUUCCUGUCUCUAUUACGUGUCAUUUGCGUCACCCAAGGUGGCAAGUCGGGUCUAUCUAUACGCUUGGGUGCAAUUGAUGUGGCUUUUCGGAUUCUAUGGAUAUUGGAUAACAGGAUGGUCUGGGUUAUGCACCAUCUUGUGUUCGCCAGUAACCCAAAUUCCUCGGCCUCUUCGAAAACUGGUAAACCGACCAAAUGCAGUGAAUGCAUUCCACACACUUGUACCGAUAUUCGUCUCUGUCUGUACUUUCGCGUGGAUUGUACUCCUUGUGUUUGCUUAUCACCGGGAGUCAGAACGGUAUAACCACCUUGACGCUUCACUCAAUGUCGCUGCGAUCCAAUUGGAAAAUCGAAGACGUGUCGAUCCUGCAGCUAUGUACGAGAUGGCUUUGCAGUUCAUAAUUUCCGAUGGUCAACUUACUCGGAUAGUUAGGUGGAACUCCUAUUUCUGGGCAAUGCUCGGAUUUCUUACACUUUUCCCAUUUAUUAUGUCUGGUUGGUCUCUGAUUGGACUCCUGAGAAAUAGUACUUCCUCUGUCCGACAAAUGAUGCAACCAGCCGGAGGGCUCAAAACGGCCGACUCUGAGGGACUAUUCUACGCGGAGAAGAUUGCUAAGGAACUCAGAAGAGGUUACGUCUAUGUUACAUGUCAUUUUUCGGCAAUGUUACUAUCAAUGGUUUAUAGCAUUGUCAUCUGUGUGCUACUAGGAGUCAAAGCAGACAAAGUGGUUCUUGAGUCAAGAUGGAGGUCAUUGGGCUCUUGGUUAUAUCUCUUGUGUGGGGUGAUAGUCGCAGGUGCCAUGUUAUUACAAAGUUGGAGAAUCUUCGCCGAUUUGGAUAUCAUCAUCACUGAAACCGGUUCGGGCGUGGAGGAAAGUGACAUAACGGCAACCAGUCGAACUUUAACCUCAGUAGAUCGACCAGACAGUGUAGGUUCUUUAGAUGACUUGACCAUCAUAGAUUCCUGGGUGAAAGAGGAAACAGUUCAAGUCGUUCAAAUUCAACAAGCCAGAGUAGCUGUCCGUCCACAAAAAGCUCAAGCGAUAAUCGUUCGGACGGCUUUUUAGUUUGAACAGUAUCGGAAAGGAACUAUCAUUUCAAUAUUCACCAUGCCUUUUGCUUUUAUCAAGCCUUCGAUAUUUUCUACCUCAUUGUUUUCUUGAUUGGCAGAAUACGCAUUCAGUCCUUACCUCCCCUGCAUUUCUGUCUUGAGACUCCCACUGUCAUUUCUUCCCAUGUAUAGAAUGUGUAUGCCCUUCAAUUCAAGGACAUUACUGCGAAAUAAACCCGCACAGAUUCUUAUUUUCAAACUAUAUGGAUUAUCUGUGAUUCUUCUGAAGCAGAAGCUGUGAAAAUGUGUAAUGCAGUUGAUCAGACUGGGUUCAAUC